AUGGACUCCAAGAAAUUGAUAAUGGAUAUUUUCAAGAUGUCAAAGACAGACCCAAAAAUUGUUUACGAUCACUUCGUUUUGUCGUUAAUGUGGCCUCAGGGUAGUUGUCAUUACGUCCGAUACGAGCAUAUUCAGGAUGAAAAUGAGCGGAUGAGACUGAUCCAAGAAUCCACAAAGAAAACGUGCAGCGAAUGCAACAUGCCAACGGAUAAAAGAAACUGGACCAUUCACGGCUUGUGGCCAAGUAGCGAUACACUAACAGAGAAAGAAAAAAUAAAGCAUUUAUAUUAUUGCAGGGAAGACGAAGUUGACGAAGGAUCGUUCAGUACUGAUUUAAAGAAGAAUCUAAAAUCUAAGUGGAUUUCUUUCGGUAAACGUUCUGACUCAAAAUUUCGUCGAUAUGAGUGGAACAAGCACGGUACCUGUGUGAAAAUAGACGACUUGAACAGCCCAAAAAAAUAUUUUAGAAGAACCGUAGAACUUUACUUGAAGUAUCAACCCGGUAUAUAUCUACAUGAAAACGCUAGAAUCAUAUCGGGAGGCACGUACCCAAUUAAAUUAAUACAUGAUCGUCUAAAAAAAUUCCUGGGUGCUAUUCCUACUAUCGUCUGCUAUCAAUUGAAAAAUGGUAGCCAGUAUAUCCGAGAGAUACGUAUUUGCCUGGACAAAGAACUUGAUAAACCAAUUAACUGCAAAUAUACUCUCAGCUCAUGUUAUCCUUCCAAGGAUCCUGAAAAAAAAGGUGUUAUUGAGGCUAUUUAUCAGAAACCUAAGGAGCCUUGCUCCAACCGUAGAUACGUAUAA